UCUAGUCAUUGUUCCCUCAAAUAUAACACUCAUUCACUUCACUUGCUAACAUGGAUUGCAAGUAUCUAGGACCAUCAUCUUGUAAAGCAAAGAGGCAAUAUGAGACUGCAAUGGUAACAGACCCAUGUUAGUGUCCAUCAGGCAGUGGUGAGCAAACCUACACACUUCAUCCAUGUUUAAUGUUCUUCAGGUUAUUGGUGAACCGUCCCUAUUUACUGUCAGUCCCUUUGAAGUGAUCUUAAAAGGGCCUGACUGUAACUGCUGAGUUAAAGCCUAGAUUAGGGGUUCCCAACUUGUCUGUAAACUUUAUGAUUCCACCCAAUAGCUUGCAUAGGAAGUAUUAUCCCAAGUGGUAGUGAAGAGAAGGUUGACUUCCCAUCUUCACCAUGAGUGCCCGGGGUUCCGAGUCACCGCCAGGGCUGCCAGAGUCUGAGAGCAGCCAGGCGAGGGCAGUGCUGACUGCGCAUGCGCACUCCAGUAUCGCACGGAGCAAGGAGCAGACCCGAGACGAGCUGGAGAAGAUCAAGAGGAGAGUCCAGCAUACGGUGCAGGCGUUUGAACUGGCCGAUAACCGCCCGUCCCUGGAGAGUCUGCAGCAGGCUAACAUGCAGUUUGUGGAGGACAUGGACCAUUUAGAAGUGAUUGUAGGGAACCAGGUGAACAAGAAGAAGUACCAGCAGCGGGUGACAGUGUUCAUUGUGGGAUACCAGCAGCUGUGUGGAGAGAGGAAGCACAUUCUCUCCCAGCUCAACGAGUUUUUUAUCCAGAAUGCUAAACUGGGGGAGGAGGACAGCAUCUCCACUUCUGAAUACCUGGACAUUGAACUGGACGAUGUGGCCAUGCAGGUAAAGGAUGCCCUGACUGCAGCUGAACGGACAGCUGUCAGGCUGGCAGAGAUCAGCCAAGAGAUUAUCAGCUACAUGAGCAGAACAGCCAUUCCCAACACCCAAAAGAGGUCUCGCAAUAAGCUGGACAAGGCAGUGAACCAGGCCAGAGAGGACAUCCUCCAGCUGACUGGCAAAUUGCUGCAGACACAGGCAGAUCUCGAGUACAAAGAUGAGAGACUGAAAGAGAUGUUAAAACAAAAUGAGGCCAAGUUUCUGGAAAGCCAGUAUUUCAGAUCCCAGCUGGAAACCACAAAGGCCACUCUGAGCAGUGUCCAGCAGGAGCUGGGGUUGCAGAUAUCCAUGAGGGAGGCAGAGGUGAGGAGACAGGCAGCCCGCAUCACUGAGCUGGAGAGAGAGCUGCAGGAGAAGGGAGUCAACCAGGGGAGCAACCAGGAGGUCCAGCCACCAGCCACACAGGACAGUGAGUGUGUUCAGCCUGGGACUAGCACCUCUGAAGCAGCCGCCAUGGAGGGGCCGCGGGGGCAGAGAGGAGAGGGGGACCCGGGGUGCGGGGUAGAUAUCGAGGACCUAAAGGAAAACAGCCAGCUACGCAUUACAGAGCUGCAGCGGGGCAACAUGAUCAAUGUUGCUGAGCUCCAAGAGAAACUGCAGGGGCAACAGAUCAGCCAGCAAGAUGCACAAAGAGAGCUGCUGGACACAGAGAGGCGACAGCUGGAGGCAGUGAGGCAGGCCCACGAGGCAGAGCUCCGGCAACUCCGAGACUGGCAGAGGGAGCAGAGGAGGCAGCUGCUGGGUGUAGAGGAAUUCCUGUUUGAGGAGCUGGAUUUUGAGAGUGACUUCAGCAGCAGCGAGGAGUCCCAACCCAGCAUCACAGCUGAGCUGGAGCGGGAGCAGCAAACAUUGUUAGAUGUGGAUCCACAACAUAAUGACAACCCAACAAAUGAGGGAGCAGAAAAUAGUCUUUUACCCGAGUGGUCUCUCCAGCCAGAGGAAGAGACUGGCCAGCCACCCUCGGAGGAGGGACAGGAGGACCACUCUGAGGGGACUGACUCUACUGGAGGGAGCACCAGGGUUUCCCCUAGUACAGAGGGCACUGCUGUACCCAAGGAGCCCAGAGAAGAGGUUGUUUCUGACCAGGCUCUCAAGCCAAAUAGUCCAGAAACAGGUGCCACUGCACUUGACUGCAAAAAAGAGGAAGCCAGCUGGGGAGCUUUACCUACUGAAGACCGGAAUGCCAUGUUUGCAGUUUACAGGAAGGAGGCAACUAUCCAGGUUGAAGCUCUAGAAGCAGAGUUAGAAAAGCUGAGACAGGAUAGCCGACAAAAAACUAAGAAACUGAAGAAGCUCUGGAAAGAAUCAAAAACCAAAUGGGACACGGAGCGGCAGGUUCUCUCUGAGAGACAGGCAGCAGCUCAGAGGGAUUGUGAAGCUGCCAGGACUGAACUGCAGAGGCUGACCCAGAAGGCACCUGGGGACCAGUCUCUGCUCCAGUCUACAGGAGCCCAGGUGAAGGAGACCCUGUGCGGGAGAGAGCAGGGGGGAGCUGCUGUAGAGAGGGCUGUGGGUGUGCUGGGGGCCCCUGUCUCUGCUCCUGGCCCAGGUGGUAACUUGAAGGAGGAGGGAGAAGUGGACACACUGAGUGCAGGAUUCAGGAGUAUCUACUUCAUGGUGGCCAGGUUCACAGAGACACUCAAAAACACUCUCUUCAAAGAUAUGAAUUGGUUUGCUGAAGCUUUGGAGACCCCAGAAUUGAGUCUGAGUGGCACUGACCCUCUCACAGCAGAACAGCUGCAGACUGCUUUGAGGAGCUCCGACUCGCAACUUAACAGCACCAUUGCAGUUUUCAGCAGAGUGCUUGGAGCUGACAGCUGUCACUCAACACUGCCAGCAGCUGAGGAGGAGAACACAGGGGAGGCUGCUGGGAAGGUCAAAGGGCAGGACAUGGGGCGAGCCAUAUCCGAGGAACAUAAACCCACAGAAAGCCCUCACUUGCACAGAUUCACUCCCUGCACUGAGGGAAGGCUCACUGCAGCCCGCUCACCCUUGAAAUUGGAGCCGGAGAGCCCCAGUGACCCACGCCGUCCUGGCGAAAUGAUCAUGUUUACCCAUCUGGACUUGGAACACAACAAACGAGUGCUCAGACAUGCCCUGCGCAGAGGGAGGGUGCCUGCCCAGCUCUGUCAGAGUGCCUGCAGGGAGAUGAGGAUGUACUCCGAGCUGCAGAGGCAGCGCCUGGCUGGCCUGGUCAGACAGUACACAGCCUACCUGGGGAUGAUGGAGGUGAGGGAGGCCAUAACGACAAGCAACAACUCCUCUGCUUGGCACUUGUUACCACGACUGCAGGCUCUACAUGUUCAGAGGCUGUGGCGCUGGAGUCAGCACAUGGCUGGGCUCUCUGAACUCAGGGUCCAGCUGGCUCUGUCCAUCACUGACACCCUGGGGAGCAUUGAGGAGGAGUCGGGCAUCUUCCUCAUCAAACCUGUGCUGCUCUGGAAGAGACAGACCUCAUUGAAACACUCAGGAAGGAUUGUCGGCAGGCUCAAGGUCUCCAUGAAACCUGACCCUAGUCCGACUCUGGCCCCCUCCAGCCAGACCACAGCCUCACGGACACAGAUAAUGAAGAGUUUAUCAGGCACCAAAGCAGCCACCACCAGGGCAAAUCAAGACCCGGUUUCCACAGUUACCGUGUUGGGUGGGGGAGGCCUCAGAAUGUGGAGUGUAAAUGAUGCAGAACCGGGGAAACCUGGCACCCAGAAACAAGAAAGGGGCAUCCUACCCGCUGUACCCAGGCUACUGGAAAUGGAUGUCAAUAAAUUUCUCAUCAGCCAACAUCACGUAUGCAUGAAGAAACUUGAAAGGAGUUCCUCCCUGGACCCAGAGUCCGCCAGUCCCAGGCUCAGCUUGAGAAGCUUCCUGCCAGUGGACAGGACAGUGCCCUGCAGCGUGGGCUUGGCAGGGAAGACGCAGGUUUUGAGAGAGAGUAGCAGGAUGUGACUGGGUUUAACUGCUUCGCUUCGGUUUUGUCUCGCACAUUUUACAUUGGAAAGGACUACGAGCCGUUUUAAAGAAGGUGUUAAAAUAAGGCAAAUUUUCUGAGAGGAAUAAAACAAGUUGGACAAAUCUAGAAAGGAAAUGGCUUUGUUACAAUAGAGCAGUUCCAUAUUUAUGAGUAGAUUCUUGCUGGUUUUACACUGUUGAAGUGACUUCAAUCCUCUCUGAGUGCCUGUCUUCACACCUGCUUUAAAAGAGGCCCCCAUGAUGACAGUUUUGCACAAGCACAUUUGCUGCACUUUUCCAGGCCUGGAAAUGACCAGCCUACAUUAAAACUGCAAUUCCGAUCCUAAAAUCCAGUUUUGGAAACCAUUCUUGUUUUCAAUUUUAGUUUUACCUCAGAUUUUUUUUUUUUUGAGUGCUUGACUUCCAGAAACCUCUGGUAACAAAGGUGUGUGUGCUUUUUUUUAUUUUAGUCUAAAGAAGUGUUUUGUUUUUUUCUUUUAUUCAAAAUCCUGACGAUCAGGAAACAUUCACAUUAAGCACACAGAACCCUAAACUACUGUCAGCUUCUUUGGUUGUGUACUUUUUGCUUCAUCACCUUGAUGUCGGUUUUGUAUUUUAAAUAAAAUGUGUGUUUUUGGAUUA